AUGAGUAGAAAACAAACAUCAUCCAUAUCACCUCAGAUUGCUAAAGCUAUUCAUAAGCAGAGUAAGGACUCUGAUUCAAGUUCUUCUGAGAAGAGAUAUGGCAAAUUUUGGAAACCAAAUGAGGAUUCUUUAUUAAUGGAAUUGCACAUUAGGCAUAACGGAAACUGGAAAUUAAUUGCUGAGGGCAUUCCAGGAAGAAAUCUUAGCUAGUGUUAAUAAAGAUGGAAGAGAAUUAAUCCAAAUAAAUGGACAGAUUUUGAAGACCAAGAAGUUCUAAGGCUAGUUAAUGAGCACGGUCGCAAUUGGAAGCUGAUUGAAGGGCUUAUGGAAGGGCGUUCAAGUAAAUAGAUAAGAGAAAGGUUCUUAAAUAAUUUGGAUCCUGAAAUAAAUAGAGAAAAAUUCACUUUAUAGGAAGAUCAAAUCAUUUUAGAACAAUAUCGAAUAUACGGUCCUAAGUGGAGCGAGAUCGCAAAGAUGUUAAAUCGAAGACCAGAAAACUAAGUGAAGAAUCGAUUUUACUCUUAUAUAAAAAGAGUACAUAUGUUAGAUGAAAGAUCAGAUGAUGAGGACAAUGAUCGAUCAAUGGAAUCGGAACCAGAGCAACCACAAAAAAUAGUUCCAAAUUCGACACUGAAUGUUUCUUAGCCUAUAUACCAACCCUUAGAAACUAUAUAGAGUCUAAAAGAGGAGCAUGACAAUACAAAAAACGAUUCAUUGCUGAUAAAUUAAACACCAUCUCAUCGUAUACAACCUUCCAUUAAUUUGAUUUAAGAUUCAUUUGAUUCUAAGCAAUUCGGAGGGAUGGAGGAAUAAGAUAAUUCCCCAUUUUAUUAACAUAGAAAAAUAUUAGACUAUAGUCCCAUUAAUUUUUAGUAUUACUAACAUUAACCCAACUUUGAUAUGAUAUAGGAGGAUAUGAAGGAGUUAAAAUGUUAGAUAGAAAGUAUAAAUAUAGAACAUCCCAAUUGA